GAUACGCCUCCCUCCCCCUCUCGUACGCAGCCACGACGAGCACAAGAACAAGCCUCUCGCCGCCAACAGCUGCCACUGCUCGCCGACGCCGCCAGUAGUGCCCCGAAAGGCCAUGGAAGGGGAGGAGGAGAUAGGGCUCGUCCUAGCGCGGGCCUCCGACCUCCGCUCCAGGAUCUCCGCCUGCGCCGCCGCCGCCGCCGUCCGACCCCAGCUGCCGCUAUUGGGCGCCGGUGAGGACGAGGAAGAAGAAGGCGGCGAGGUGGAGGGGGGAGAUGAGGACGCGGAGGUGGAGAGCCUGGUCGGCAUCAACGACGCGCUCGAGUCGCUCGAGCUCCAGCUCGCCUCCCUGCAGGACCUCCAACACCAGCAAAGAUAUGAGCGAGAAAACAUCCUUGGCCAGAUUGAUCGCAGUCGAACAUCCCUCCUAAAAAAGCUCAAAGAAUACAAGGGAGAGGACUGUGAGGUGAUCCAUGAGGCUGCUGCUUUUGCUGGUGAGAAAAUUGAAAAUGAUGAUGGUCUCAUCCUACCACCUUACUCGAGCCAUGUGACCAAUUCGUUUGUGCUUGAUGAUCUGUAUCCGACAAACUACAUGUCCAAGUCCAUGCACUCGCCCAGUGCUUUUGGUUACUCUAAUGGCACGACUCAAGAUGGUACAAGGACGAACGGGCUUGAAAACAGAAGCGCAAGCACGUCGAGCCGCGGUUCACGGGGAGGAAUCAGAUCUUUCAUCGGAUGGAUGGCUAAAACAGCAGUCAUGGUUGUAGGCGCCGUGUCGAUCAUGAAGGCUGCUGGUUACAAGACCACGAUAGGGAGGGGCGGCAUAAAUCUGGAUAUCGCAGGUCUUUUCGGCAAAGAGGCAACCAGGACAAAAGAGCAGGUUCCUACUCUGCAAUGUCCUCCUGGGAAAGUGCUGGUGCUCGAAGAUGGCAGGGCACACUGUGUAGUGAAGGAAAGAGUCGAGAUCCCCUUCGGUGCCAACCUCGCCUCCCCAAGUGCGAGCUAUGGCUUAGGCUGAAUCUGAAAUCGUCCUGUGUGUGAAUAUUAGGAUCUAGCUAGCUAGCUAGCCCACGAGGCUGUGUAGGAACUGCGACCACUGAGUUCUUUCUUGUACAAUGCUCUGCUUGGAUCUUUCUUCCUGCUUUUAGCGCCGUUUAUCGCUCACCGUAAUGUUUCGAGCGUAUGUACCAUGCAAUCUAUUAAAUUGUUCCUUGUCGUCAUGGUGAGCUGAACUCUACGUACUAGUAUGUUAUGGUUCUGAAAUAAUACCAGUAGUAUAUCAUUGUUUCCAUUUCA